UGUAAAAGGAGAAACCUUUUACUACAAACAGAUCUUUCACGUGCCAAUACAGUAAUUCUAAAGUCUAUUAAAUGGAAGGAUGUUACACUUCCUGAAGAAUGGAUCCUGGAAGGAGCCACCUGGCCAGAAUCAGAAAUUCCUCCUAAACCUAACAUCAAUCUACGGUCAGUCACUCAAUAUCGUGACGGACAGGUCGCACUUUCUUUCGAUAGAAUAUAUGAAUUAAGGUACCCCAAGAGUCCUUCUAAUGAUGAUAUAAUUGAUUUAGGUAGAGUUUCUCAAAUUCCUUCUGUCAUAAAUACUCCAACUAAACACAGAUUUUCUACAUCUGAUAUACCAUCUUCAUCUUUUCAAAAUGUAGAUUACUCUACGGAUAUCCCUAGCCCUUUCGAGAACAUGGUGGUGCUCCAUCGUUAUAACGAUCCAGUGCAGUGUCGAGCCUUCUUGACAACCUCGAGGGGCUCUUCCCAGAAUUGUUUCCAUCAGCUACCUCUGGGGGCCAUCAAGGAUUUCGAUGGAUUCAGUUCAAGUUUUCUCAAUCAAUUUUCAAGUGUUAGACCACAGGAGAAGUCAUAUCUAACUUUGAUGGGCAUACAACAGAAAGAAGGUGAGUCACUACGAGAUUAUGUGGCGAGAUACACGCGGGCAUGCAUCGAGGUGCCCAGGGCAUCGGAAGAGAUAAAGGCGGGAGGUUUGACUCGAGGGCUACUACCAGGCUUGUGUAGGAAUUCUUUGGCAAAACGCCAAGGUAGAACAUUCGAUGAAGUGCUGGGGAGAUGUGCGAAAUACAUGAAUGUCGAGGAAGUAGAAGCUGACUUCUUAGAAACGACUAAAGUAAUCAAAACGGACUCUCGGGACGAGAGGAGGGAAAGGAAGAAUCCAUCGACUGGGGAGAGAAAGGGGUCCCCGCGAACGGAAAGAGAAGGGCGACCUAGGAAUUGGAGGCCUACUCAGUACACCCCUCUGGAAGCUCCCCAAGCCAGGAUUCUCGAGGUCAUGGAAAGGGAGAUUCGUGACAUUGUGAAUCGUGAUUGUGUUUUGUCGCUGCGAACAGGUGGGUACAUUUGUGAUGUAUUCCAUAAUUAUUGCACUCUUUAUUCGUGUAAUGCUUCGUUUGAAAAUGGUUGUAUGCGUGAGAACCCUAGUCUAGGUGUCCCGUACAAUAGUGCCUUUGAUGAAUGCGAAAACAGUGGGAGGUCACCUGCCCGUUGUAUUCAGGAGGAGACGCCCCAAGCCGUUGUACCGGGAAAGGGAAAAACAUCUCCACUGUCUCCUGGAAAGGAUCCUACGAACCGUUGUACCCGGGGUAGGAAGGUUUCAGUUACUUCCAUGCUGUUGUAUCCGGAAGGUUGUUGUAUGUACAUAGGAG